AUGGCUGGAGGGAGUGAAGAGGAUCCAUACACAAAACCUAUAGGAAGAUGGUCUGUGUUCUUCUAUGGCGUUGGCCAUAUGCUUAAUGACAUCACUGCUUCUUGUUGGUUCACUUACCUCCUCCUCUUCUUGACCCAAAUUGGUCUCUCUCCAAGAGAUGCAGCCAUUGUUAUGCUCUCUGGUCAAGUUGCUGAUGGGUUUGCCACUAUCUUCACUGGUGAAUUGAUAGAUAGGUUUGGACAUUUCAAGAUUUGGCAUGCUGCAGGAUCAAUACUUGUUGCAAUAUCUUUCUCCUCUGUUUUUGGAGGUUGUCUGCCUUGUUCCAUCCUCCAUAACGAGUCUUUAAGCCUCGAAACUUUCUCCUAUAGCAUGUUUGCAGCUAUCUUUAACAUAGGAUGGGCUGCUACUCAAGUUUCCCACAUGGCUAUGGUUAAUUGCAUCUCGUUGAACUCAACAAGCAGAGUAGCCUUGACAAGCUGCCGGAAUGCCUUUACCAUGGUUGCUAAUCUUAGCUUAUAUGCGAUUGCUUUAGUAGUCUUCGGCGUUAUCAAGGCUGGUUCCAAAGAAAACACUGAAACACAGUAUCGCUGGAUUGCAUAUACAUCCAUCACAGUCGGAUGCUGUUUUGUGGUCAUAUUUCUUAUGGGAACAAAGGAGCCACGGCUGAGGAUGGACUUGAAAGAAACUAGCCGCCGAGUGAGAAUACCGUGGGUCUAUUGGUUCAAGAAACUUCUCUACUAUCAAGUCGCUAUGGUUUACCUCCUCACUCGAUUAGUAUUGAAUGUCUCUCAGGCAUAUCUUGCCUUCUUCGUUAUCGAUGACUUGCAAAUGGAUCAAUCCGCUAAAGCUUUGGUUCCUGCAAUAAUCUAUAUUGGAAGCUUUGUUGUUUCGGUCCUGCUUCAGGAGAUACCGUGGAAUGGGAAACGGCUAAAGGCGUAUUAUUCAGCUGGUGGUAUCAUUUGGAUGUUCUGUGGUGCAGCAAUCCUUCUAUUGCCUAGAGACAUUAGUUCUUUCAUGUAUGCUAUAUCAGUCUUCAUAGGCAUCGCAAAUGCGUUGAUGAUGGUUACAGCAAUCAGUAUGCAGAGCGUGUUGGUUGGUGCAGAAGUAGGUGGAUGUGCAUUUGUCUGUGGUUCUUUGAGCUUUUUAGACAAAAUGUCUUGUGGACUUGCUUUGUAUAUUCUUCAAUCUCACCAAAGUACGUCACCUAGAACUCAACUAAACAACGGCCAUCAAAGUAUUUACCUCUCGGUUACAAGAUACGGUUUAGGCCUUGUUCCAGGUUUAUGCUCGCUUGUUGGUGUUGUUGUAACAUUCUUUAUGGAGCUCGAAGCUGCUGGGUCACUAUCCAUGCCCCUGCUUGAUGAGCCGUUACUUGAAUGACAGUUUAUUGAACAUGGUUGACUGCAGGUCCAUUAAUCUUUUUUUACUACAUAUGGGAAGUCUCCAGAUUCUUUAGACGAUAACUUUGUACAUAAGUUAUAUCAACACUGUGACAGUAAUUUACUUGUGUCUAAAGAAAUGUGGAUCUAAAUCUGGAAUUUCGAGUUUGAUUAAUUGUUUUGCCUUUUUGGUUUGUCUUUUGUAUUUUUGGUUUGUUUGUGUGUAAAACGUGAAAAUAGUGUGUUGUUACUGCUGUAAACUAGCAAGAUCCAAACGUUAUUUGGAAAUGCAAUACAACACUUUUUGAC